UCGAAAUGUCAAAAUUUUGUUAAUCAAAACAAAUCGCCCAUUAUGUGGUUAGUGCGUGAAUUUCGUUCCAAUUUACUUAUUUUCCACCGUAAAAACUUCUAAAACUAUCGUAAUUAGUGUAUUAAGUUGAGGAUUCGUGUUUUCCUGAUUUGGGACAACAACUCAUUCUGAGCGUAAUGUCCAACCACUACGACAUACCCUCUUGGGCUGGUAAGCCGCCCACGGGGCUACAUCUGGACGUGAUGAAGGAAGACAAACUGGUUCAAAAGUUGAUGAUUGACGAAAAGAAAUGCUAUCUUUUCGGUCGGAAUCCCCAGAUGAACGACUUCUGCAUCGAUCAUGCGUCCUGUUCCCGCGUACACGCCGCAUUCGUUUAUCACAAGCACCUGAACAUUGCCUAUCUGGUGGAUUUGGGUUCCACUCACGGGACGUAUAUCGGCUCGGUCCGGCUGGAAGCUCACAAACCCACCCAGUUGCAAAUUAACUCGACGUUCCAUUUCGGCGCUUCGACCAGGCACUAUAUGCUCCGGGAGAGACCCAAUGUCCGAUCCAACAUUAUGGAAGACAUCCCGAUGAUGGACACCAGCGAUGGAACCUAUCUAGGCCUUCCCGAGAGCCAAACGGAACUUGAUAACUUGACUGAAUACAAUACCGCUCACAACCGGAGGAUUUCCAUGCUUGGAAUAUCGGACGAAACCAGCACCUUCAAGAAGAAUAUGAAGAACAAAAGGAAAAGGAAAGGCGUCCAGUUCAAUGAGGAUGAAAUCGUUAUAAAUCCCGAAGAUAUCGAUCCAAGCAUAGGACGCUUCCGUAAUCUCGUAUCGUCCACAGUUGUUCCAGUACAAGCGAAACGUGCAAAACUAGAGGUUCACUCAAUGGGUCUCUCUACAUCACCCUCAUCCAGCAAAAUCCUUCAUCAUCCGCACAGCUUGGUACCAAAUUUGUAUCAUGGAAUCGACGACCAAGCGCACGACCCACGAAGUGCGGCCGGCAAUGGUUCAGGAUUCGGGUUUGGCAUGGACACCACACCCAGCGGACUCACCACUAAGCUGGGUAUAAUUUUGCCGAAUCCAGCACCGGAUGUGAAUCCGGCCAGUUCGAGCACUGCUCUAAUGCCUCCUCCUAUCUACAGCAGCAUGGCUCCCAAAAGUGUUAAAAUUGUCGACAAACCGGACCUAUCGGACGAACCCAAAAAGAAGAAAUACGCCAAGGAACAGUGGCCCGGAAGGAAACCUCUGGGAUUGGGAGGUUUCUAAGCGAUUACAAUACAAAUGUAACGGUACAUUUAUCUUAUAUUGGUGUGACUAUUUGGUAAGUGAAUAAGGUUUACCGAAUUUAAUCUAACAUCAUAAUAAUCGAAUGUUAAUGUAGAAGCGAGA